AUGCGUUUGAACCGAGCAUUGAAAGAAAAACGGCCAGAAACUGAGACUAGACACGAUUAUGUAAUUUUGCAACAUGACAAUGCUCGGCCACAUGUUGCACAGGUCAUCAAAACCUACCUUGAAACACUCAAAUGGGAUGUCCUACCCCACCAGUAUAAUCCAGACCUUGCGCCAUCCGAUUACUAUCUCUUCCAAUCAAUGCAACAUGGCCUGGCUGACCAGCACUUCUCCAAUUAUGAAGAAGUCAAAAAUUUGAUCGAUUCGUGGAUAGCAGAAAAGCCGGCCAAAUUUUUCAGAAAGGGUAUUCGUGAAUUGCUGGGAAAAUGGGAAAAGGUCAUAGCUAGCGAUGGACAAUACUUUGAAUAUAAAAUUUGUAACCAUAUUUUCACAAUAAAGCUUCAAUUUUCGAAAAAAAACCGCACAAAUUAG